AUGGCAAAGUCACCUCAAGUGAGUCUUGGAGCUUGUGGACUCACCAUGCCGGUACUUGGCAUGGGAACUUCUUCCUGGCCUCCGGCCGACCCAGAAACGGCCAAGUUGGCAAUUAUCGAAGCCAUCAAAGCCGGUUACCGCCACUUUGAUACGGCAUUCGCCUAUGGAUCCGAGCAGCCUCUGGGCCAAGCCAUAGCUGAAGCUCUGCGCCUCGGUCUCAUCAAGUCCAGGGAUGAUCUGUUCAUCACCUCUAAACUAUGGAGCAGCUAUACUGACCGUGAUCAAGUUGUGCCUGCAAUCAAGAUGAGUCUCCGGAACCUUCAAUUGGACUACCUCGACAUGUAUCUGAUACAUUUGCCAUUGAAACUGAGCCAAGAGAUCCGUAAAACCCCAGUUCCAAAAGAGAUAUUAAUGCCCUUGGACAUCAAGUCAGUAUGGGAAGGCAUGGAAGAGUGUCAGAGACUGGGCCUCACUAAAGCCAUUGGUGUCAGUAAUUUCUCUCCUAGAAUGCUCGAGGAGACACUGGCAAUUGCCGAAAUUCCUCCAGCAGUCAAUCAAGUGGAGAUGAACCCGCUUUGGCAGCAGAAGAAGCUACGAGAGCACUGCAACGCAAAGGGCAUCCAUAUUACUGCUUACUCUCCUUUGGGUGCGAAUGGGACCAAAUGGGGAGACAACAGAAUUGUGGAGUGUGAUGUCCUGGAAGAUAUCGCCAAGGCUAGGGGAAAAACAACUGCUCAGGUGUCCAUGAGAUGGGUGUAUGAACAAGGCGUGAGUAUAGUAGCCAAGAGCUUCAACAAGGAGAGAAUGAAACAGAACCUUGAGAUAUUCGAUUGGUCAUUGACGGAGGAAGAGUUGGAGAGGAUCAGUCAGCUUCCUCAGCGCAAAGGAUUUCUAAUUUCUUCCAUCCUUGGGGCCCAUGAUUUCACACUGCAGCUUGACGAUGAGAUUUGACUAUAAAACUAUAUAUCAUAUGACUAAGUUGAGUGCUUUAUUUGAAUAAAGCAAUGCGCUACCCUUUCAUCCAC